AUGGGCCAAGCCGCCUCCACCCACGGCUAUUCCCCCGGCGGGUCGGCUCGUUUUCGAAUCCCCAGCUUCGACCUCCACCACGCCCACCCCAUGGCCGGCAACCCCCACGCGCCGGAGGUAAUCUUUGCUAAACAGCCGCAAAUUGACUACACGUCCGAGAUCCCCGACGAGUGCCUCGCCCUGAUCUUCCAACCGUUGAGCUCCGGUGACCGGAAGCGCUGCUCGCUGGUAUGCCGCCGCUGGCUCGCCGUGGAGGGCCAGAGCCGCCAACGACUCGCACUCAACGCGUCAGCGGAGGUCGCCGAGCACCUCCCGGCCGUCUUCACCCGGUUCGACUCCGUCACCAAGCUCGCCCUCCGCUGCGACCGCAAGUCCGUUAGCAUAAACGACGACGCACUCACCCUGAUCUCCCUGCGCUGCCGCAACCUCACCCGACUCAAGCUCCGCGGCUGCCGCGAGAUCUCCGACCUAGGUAUGCUUGCCCUCGCCACCAACUGCAAAUAUCUUCGCAAAUUCUCCUGCGGAUCGUGUAUGUUCGGCGCCAAAGGCAUGAACGCACUUCUGGAAAACUGCUCCUCCCUGGAGGAGCUCUCCAUCAAGCGGCUUCGGGGCCUCAACGACGGGUACGCGGCCGAGUUGAUCGCCCCCGGGGUAGCGGCUUCGUCUCUAAAAUCAAUCACACUUAAGGAGCUCUACAACGGUCAGUGCUUUGGGCCUCUAAUUAUUGGAUCCAAAAAUUUGAAAUCCCUGAAGAUUCUGAGGUGUUUGGGUGAUUGGGAUCGAUUGCUCGAGACCAUCACCAGGGGCAAAAGCUCUCUGGCCGAGAUUCAUCUGGAGAGGCUGCAGGUGAGCGAUGCCGGCCUAUUUGCAAUUUCAAAGUGCCCAGAUUUGGAGGUCUUUCACUUGGUGAAGGCUCCCGACUGCUCAAACGAUGGAAUUAUGGCCAUUGCCGAGAACUGUAGGCUUUUGAGGAAGCUCCAUAUAGAUGGGUGGAGAACGAACAGGAUAGGUGAUGAAGGUUUGGUUGCCAUUGCCAAAAACAGCACGAAUCUUGUUGAAUUAGUGCUUAUUGGUGUAAACCCUAGCUCCGUGAGCUUGAUGGCUAUGGCUUCCAACUGCCACAAGCUGGAGAGGUUGGCUCUUUGCGGGAGCGAAUCCAUUGGGGACCCUGAGAUCGUGUGUAUUGCGGCUAAAUGUAGCGCGCUAAAGAAGCUGUGCAUAAAGGGUUGUCGUGUGACAGAUACCGGGAUCGAGGCUUUCGCGUUCGGGUGCCCUAAUUUGGUGAAGAUCAAGGUCAAGAAGUGUAGGGGAGUUACUAGUGAGGUUGCCGAAUGGCUUAGGGCAAGGAGGGUGACUUUGUCCGUGAAUUUGGAUGCGGACGAGAUAGAGCCUGAGGCCCUGAAUGCCAGCACGAGCGACGGGAGUGUGCAGGAAUACGGUAUCGAGUUCCCAGCCGUGGUGAGUGGGCCUGUGAAUGUGGAUGCUCCAUCGACGAGUAAUGGGGCCCGUUUGCCUAAUAAGUCGAGGUUUAGCAUGUUCGUCGGGACUCUUGUGGCCUGUGCCUUCCGGAGGCUGUCGGGUGGUAACGGUAUUCGAACAGUAGCUUGUGAAUGGGGAAAAAGAAGAAAUGUGGGCUAA